AUGCCACCACCGCCACAGCUCACCUCCCAUCUCAGACACAAUCCCCCAGCGCCGUCCACCUCGGGCGACUCGGAAUCUACAGCGCUGCCGGGGGCUCCGGUCGAGAAGGGCGUCGAGGUCGGCAUCCUCAGAGAGCUAGCCAAGACCGCACUGGUUGAGAGUCUGAAUGAUAUACAAGGAGCCAAGUCGCUGAUCCUGGAUCCAGCGCUUGCUGGACCACUGGGUUUAGUCACGGAAGUGGCCUUGCUGAAGAACCAGGCAGUAGACAAGAUGUUCUGGCUCGAACCUGGUCCUCUGAGCGUCAAUACACGGAAUGUGGUCUGGCUGUGCCGGCCAAGGACGGGGUUCAUGAGGGUCAUUGCUGAUCAGAUCAGGGCGCAUCAGAGGACCCCGCCUCCGGGUGGCCCGCUACACUAUACCAUCUUGCUGGUGCCAAGAGUGACAGAGCUGUGCAGAAAGGUGCUUGAGGAUCAAGGCGUGGCGGGCGAUGUAACCUUGUCUGAAUUCAAGCUCGGACUCAUUCCCAUGGAGGACGAUCUCCUCUCUCUGGAGAUGGAAGACGUCUCUAGGGACAUGUAUAUGAAUGGAGACGACACGCCGAUAUAUCACUCCUCGCUCGCUCUCAUGACGUUCCAGCGAGCGUUCGGCUUGUUCCCUCGCAUAAUCGGCAAGGGCGAUGCUGCCAAGAAACUUGCAGACCUCUUGCGGCGCCAUCACUCCUCCGGUCCCUCACAAUACACCGAGAUUGAACCCUCUUCCAAGAUUGACAGCUUGAUCAUCGCGGACCGGUCGGUCGACUGGGUAACACCGAUGUGUACGCAGUUGACCUACGAGGGUAUGCUAGAUGAGUUUGUAGGGAUCAAGAAUGCGCAUAUCGAGGUCGACUCUUCCCUCCUAGAAAGCAACCCAGCCCCUUCACAGCCCUCCUCCUCUUCUCUACCAUCUACGCCACUGGCAAAGAAACGCAAACAUCAUCUCGCCUCUGAUAAAGACGCCCUCUUUUCCGACAUUCGUGACCGCAAUUUUGCCGUGGUCGGCUCGCGUCUGUCCAGAUUGGCGAAGAGGUUGAAGGACGAGAAGGGGGAUGCAAAGAAUCUGAAGAGUGUACAGGAAAUGAGGAGCUUUGUGGGAAAGAUGGGUGGUUUACAAAGCGAGCAACAGAAUUUGAAACUUCAUACCGAGCUCGCAGAGACCCUCAUGAAUGUUACCAAAACCGAGGAAUUCAAUAAGAACCUUGAAGUACAGCAAAAUCUCGUCGCAGGUUACGAUGUCUCGGCCCAAUACGCCACCAUCGAAGACCUCAUGUAUCAGCAAGCCCCUUGGCAAACCGUCCUGCGCUUGGUGAUCCUUGCAAGUUUGACGAGUGGCGGUCUCAAGCCAAAGGUCCUAGAGGGUUUUAAGAGGGACUUUUUGCAAAUCUAUGGGUACCACCAUCUGCCUUUACUCGUCAACUUGCAAUCUCUUGGCCUUCUCCGUGCCCCGCCCCCGACGCCACAGACAUUCUCGGCCCUUCGAAAGUCCCUGCGGCUCAUUGUAGACGAUAUCAAUGACGCGGCACCCAACGACAUAUCAUACGUCUAUUCGGGCUAUGCCCCUAUAUCCAUCCGCCUCAUACAGUGUAUCACACAGAAGAACGUUAUUCUUUCUGGGCCGUCCGAAGAUGAUGUGCAAGGUAGAAGGGCAUUGCCGAGGGCGCACGGCAUUUCAGGGUGGAAGGGUUUUGAAGAUUUAGUCGGGGGGCUACACGGUGCGGUCGUCGAUGUAAAACAAGAGACAGACGUGGCGAGAGACGUACCCAAUAGCACCACCACGACUGUAGUAUUCUUCCUGGGUGGAUGUACCUAUACAGAGAUUGCGGCUCUGCGGUGGAUGGCCAAGCAAGCGAAGGGGAGAAAAUUCCUUAUAGCCACUACCGGAAUCAUUACCGGAAAUUCUCUAAUUGAAGGUUUCGGGGACAAGGCCCCUGUACCUCUUACAGAAUAG